AGUUCUUGUUUUAUAUGGUGUUAUAUAUUUCAUUUCACUUCUUAUUGUAUGGCCACAUGCCGAUGCAGCCCUUACUAGUUCACUCGCUAGUUUCUAUUUGUAUUUCAGGUUUUCGUGGCACUUCAGUUCAAUGGUUCAUGAAGUCUUAGCAUUUCCUACCUUAUCAAAGGGGUCAGUGUUACAAAUCCAUUGCCUAGCAUUCAUUGGAUUACAGCUCAGAGAUGCUGCCUCCAUUUAUUCAAGAGUUGAACUUGACAGGUCUCAAGUUGAUGACUUGAAGACUCUUUGUCAACAUUAUUUCAACACUUAUUCCCAACUGCUAGCUAAAGUCAACCCAACCAUUUGGACAAUUGGGUAUGCAAUACCUCAACACACCAAUCAGUUAUUUGACGAGCUUGGCUAUGGUCUAGGCCUGAAUUCGAUGCAAGGCCGAGAGGCAAAACACAUACAGCUCGCCAAGUACACUGAAAACACAUGCAAUGUCCAAAAACAUCUAAGAUGGUGGAUUGUAUUCCGACAUGAAUUUGUGUGCCAGAUAUGGCUAAGGGAGAUGAAUMCCUUCAGUACAACAUAUGAAGAGAAUCGUACAGAAUCCUUUAUACCUAAGAAGGUCCAAGAGAGUGACAAAGCAAUGUGUUACUGUGGCAUGCCAAAAGAAGCAGCUGAUGAAGGAUGCAGAAUCUGCACAAGUGAUCUUUUGAUAGCUAUCAAAGGAACUGCUGUUUCUGGAAAAAUCAGUCCUCAGAUAAAGACAUUUGUUGAUCUGCCCCCAUUAGCAAAUGGGAAGAAAUAGUAGGCGCAGUUUUUCAGACACCUGAAAUGCCUGGACAGCUUCGAUAGCUUUCUGAUUAGCUAUCAGUGUAAUAAAGCAGCUUUCAAAGAAACUGCUAUUAGUCCUCAGAUAAAGAAAUUUGUCAAUCAGCCCUAUAGA